AUGGCCGAGAUCCAGGUUCCUGCCCAGAAGGACGAGCAUCCGCUUCUAGCCUCACGUCCGCCGGUUACCGAUCCCAUCACCUAUCUUACUAUUAUUGAAUACAACUUGUCCGAGGAGAACUUGCCGGUCCUACACGAGGUUCUUCAAGAUGCAGAGCUUACUGCGACUAUCGGCUGGGAUUUGAUACAUCUGCUCCUUCCGAUGCUCCCGCUAUCGGAAGAUUGUUUGCAAGACAUCGCCGCCAAGGGUAACCCACGAGAGUGUGUUUUGAAAGUGACAGAAGCGCUGCGGCUACUGGAAUUUGAAGAACCACACGAUCACACCGACGACGAAGAAGAUGAUGCAGACCCCAGCGGAAGCAAGAAAGCGGCAGAAGUCGGAAUGGGCGAAUCGAGCACAAGUCCUGCGUUCCAACCAGCCGUAGUCCCGCCACUUCCUGUACUAAAGUUCGAGGUCCUCUUGACUAUACUUGCAACGCUACAUCGACGGGUCAAGACAAAAUAUCCAAGCCGGUUCCUCUCUACCAGUCUGCAGGCUGCACUGCUCGCAUACAACAGGGCCAACACGCACAUUGAAGACCUCACCCUAUCUGCUGUCAAGUUUGUCAAGACGCUUUCCGGCACUAAGAGGCCGCAUUUGCCAUCGAGACGAAGCAGCGGAAAUCUGCUACGUGUAAACACCAAUCAGUCGGAGCCAGAUCUGGAGGCACAGAGCGACGCGCCGAGCAAUGAGGAGAACGAUCUUGUCAAUCGCCUACUCCAGUCAUUCCUCACGCAUAUCCUCGAGGAUUACGUCUUGUCACUGACAUCAGACGACGACGUUCCAGGCCUGGCGUGGGCAAGCAGACUGAUGGAGCGGUACGAGCCCCAGCGGAUACCGAACAAGCCCAACUACAAGAAAUAUGCGGAUAGGUUCGCAGAAGAAGAGGAUCUGACCUCUAGGGUUGCGAUUCUUGGACAGGUUGUAGCCUUGACUCAGGAUCUUGGGUUGAAGUAUAAGGAGCUUCUUCGGACUGUGAUGGAUACGGAGGAUGAGAAGCGAGGUAUUCCAGGAACAGAAGAUGAGCCACCAGCCACGGCUGCCGAUAUACCGCUCUCACGAACAGGCGCUCUUCUACUUAUCGCUGCGCAAAACGUCAAACAGGAACUGUAUGCUUCAGCCAAGCAAGACGAGUCAUCGUCAAUUGCCAUUUUCCCAGGACACGCCACGAUACUCAGCAACUUCAUUGGAACUCUCGGGCAACAGACCGUCGGUAUGGAGCCUGAAGCACUGCUCGACACAGUUCUUACAUUUGGUCUCAUCGCACUCGAAAAGAACAACAUCGGCGAGCCCAAAGACGACGAGUCAUUCGCCCAAUACCUGCAAACAAUCUCGCUCAUCUCCGCAAACUCGCCGUCCCCGAGCCUACGCGGCCAUGCGCAUUACCUCACUACAACAGUCUUGCGCUCACAUCCCCACGAUCUCGUUCGCUUAACCUUCAUCCGUGAUACGCUAGAGCACUGUCCGUACGAGAACCUCAAAGCAAGCGCAGUAUCGUGGCUCAAAGGCGAGACCCUCGAGGCCAACGCGCCGCGUCCUCAAUCCGCAGACGACGAGCACGAAGAAACCAACAUCUUCGCCACGCCAGUCGCUCUAUCUACCGUCGCGCCUUUCCUAUGGCCUGAUCUGACCAAGCAAUAUGCUACCGAUGCAAUCCUAGAAGAGUCAUGGAUGCAAUUUCGCCAAGAACUUGGUUUCUACGUGGCGGCGCUCAACUUCUACUAUCUGCUACUCCAGGCGAAGCAUCUACAUGAGACACUUGGUAUCAAGGAGUUGAACAGCAAUCAUAGCAUCCAGUCGCAUUAUCUUGACGUGCUGAAGCAGACUGCUGCGCGGUUCCAGAAGGAGCUGUCAUCGGGUGGUGGCGCACUUGUUGUUGAGGGUGAAGAGGCGCUGGAGCAGGCCAAGGCUGAUGUUGGGUUACUGGAGAAGGUCAUCGAGUGGGUUGAGGGCGGGUUGAAGAAAUUGUAG